CGCUGCGCAUGCUCCGUCGAGGUCCGCUUCGGGGUCUGUUGCGGAACCCGCGGUGUCUCCUAGCGCAACCGGAACUAUCCGUGGCGGGGCCGGCCUGCCUCAGCUCCGGCGGACUGGUAGUCGUCGCCGAGCCUUCCCGUCCCUCCUUCCCUCUUCACACCCCGCGGCUCUGCUGCCGUUCCCCCGAAACAGCCGUUAUGAGCGCGAGGCUGCCGGCGUCGUCUCCACCUCGGUGGCAGUUGCUGCUGUCGCUGCUCCUGCUGGGGGCGGCCCCGGGCCCGCGUCGGAGCGCAGCCUUCUACUUGCCCGGCCUGGCGCCAGUCAACUUCUGCGAGGAAGAAAAAAAGAGCGACGAGUGCAAGGCUGAAAUAGAACUAUUUGUGAACAGGCUUGACUCAGUGGAAUCUGUUCUUCCUUAUGAAUAUACAGCAAUACAGUUUACAUUUAAUAAGGAGGAGACCUGUAAGCUUGUUUGUACAAAAACAUACCAUACAGAGAAAGCUGAAGACAAACAAAAGUUAGAAUUCUUGAAAAAAAGCAUGUUACUGAAUUAUCAACAUCACUGGAUUGUGGAUAAUAUGCCGGUAACAUGGUGUUAUGAUGUUGAAGAUGGUCAGAGGUUCUGUAAUCCUGGAUUUCCUAUUGGCUGUUACAUUACAGAUAAAGGCCAUGCAAAAGAUGCCUGUGUUAUUAAUUCAGAAUUCCAUGAAAGAGAUACAUUUUACAUCUUUAACCAUGUUGAUAUCAAAAUAUACUACCAUGUUGUUGAAACUGGAUCCAUGGGAGCAAGAUUAGUGGCUGCUAAACUUGAACCAAAAAGCUUCAAGCACACCCAUAUAGAUAAAACAGACUGCUCUGGACCCCCCAUGGAUAUAAGUAACAAGGCUUCUGGGGAGAUCAGAAUUGCCUAUACUUAUUCUGUUAGCUUCCAGGAAGAUAAGAAUAUCAGAUGGGCAUCUAGAUGGGACUACAUUCUGGAAUCUAUGCCUCAUACCCACAUUCAGUGGUUUAGCAUCAUGAAUUCCUUGGUCAUUGUCCUCUUCUUGUCUGGAAUGGUGGCUAUGAUUAUGCUACGGACGCUGCAUAAAGAUAUUGCCAGAUAUAAUCAGAUGGAUUCUACGGAGGAUGCCCAGGAAGAAUUUGGCUGGAAGCUAGUUCAUGGUGAUAUAUUCCGUCCUCCAAGAAAAGGAAUGCUGCUGUCAGUCUUCCUGGGAUCAGGGACACAGAUUUUAAUUAUGACUUUCGUGACUCUAUUUUUUGCUUGCCUGGGAUUUUUGUCACCUGCCAACAGAGGAGCACUGAUGACUUGUGCUGUGGUCUUAUGGGUGCUGCUGGGCACUCCUGCAGGCUAUGUCGCUGCCAGAUUCUAUAAGUCCUUUGGAGGUGAGAAGUGGAAAACAAACGUUUUAUUAACAUCAUUUCUUUGUCCUGGGAUUGUGUUUGCUGACUUCUUUAUAAUGAAUCUGAUUCUCUGGGGAGAAGGAUCUUCAGCAUCUAUUCCUUUCGGGACAUUGGUUGCCAUAUUGGCUCUUUGGUUCUGCAUAUCUGUGCCUCUAACAUUUAUUGGUGCAUACUUUGGUUUUAAGAAGAAUGCCAUUGAACACCCAGUUCGAACCAAUCAGAUUCCACGUCAAAUUCCUGAGCAGUCCUUCUACACAAAGCCGUUACCUGGUAUUAUCAUGGGAGGGAUUUUGCCCUUUGGGUGCAUCUUUAUACAGCUUUUCUUCAUUCUGAAUAGUAUUUGGUCACACCAGAUGUAUUACAUGUUUGGCUUCCUGUUCCUGGUGUUUAUCAUUUUGGUUAUUACCUGUUCUGAAGCAACUAUACUUCUUUGCUAUUUCCACCUAUGUGCAGAGGAUUAUCAUUGGCAAUGGCGUUCAUUCCUUACCAGUGGCUUUACUGCAGUUUAUUUCUUAAUAUAUGCAAUACACUACUUCUUUUCAAAACUGCAAAUCACAGGAACAGCAAGUACAAUUCUGUACUUUGGUUAUACCAUGAUAAUGGUUUUGAUCUUCUUUCUUUUUACAGGAACAAUUGGCUUCUUUGCAUGCUUUUGGUUUGUUACCAAAAUAUACAGUGUGGUGAAGGUUGACUGAAGAAGCCCCAUGUGUCCAGUUAAAACAGAAAUAAAUUAAAUUCUUCAUCAACGAAGACCUGUUUUUGUGACUACCUUGAGUUUUAUCAGACUUAUUGGCCUAGUAAUCCUUCAGAAACAACAUAAUUCUAAAUACAGCUCUCCUCAUACACCUGUCUCCACAGAAUGUAUUAUCAACACUAAAACAUUUGUAUUGUGAUUUGAUUAAGUAUAUAUUCAGUUGUUCUCAGUGAAGAGCAAAUUUAAAUAUUAUGUGUAUUUGUAAAUAUAAUAGCUAUAAAAUUUUCAGUACUUCUAGUGACAAAAUAGAAGAGGCCAUAUUAAACAAUACUGAUGAAAUACAGGACAGUUCAUUGUAAAUAGGAUUUUCUAGGCUUGGUAGGUGGAAAGAAUUAUUUUUCUUUGAAGGAAGUAACUUUUUAUCAUGGUAAUUUUGAAGGAUAGUUCGUAUGAUGUGUAUUGGGGGGAUGUGGCUUUUAAAAAAAUCUUGUCUUGGUUGUAACUGUUCAUAUCUUCUUUUCUGUGUUGACUUCAUUAUUCCCAUGGUAUUGGCCUUUUAAACUAUGUGCCUCUGAGUCUUUCAAUUUAUAAAAUUGUUAUCUUAAUAAAUAUUGUAAAAACGUC